UUCAGUUUGAGCUAUUGUAAUACUAAAACACUUAGAAAUAAUUUAUUUUUAGUUUAUUAAAAUGGAAUCUCUAAUCAACUUUCAAUAUGAUUUAUGUUCGCGUAUGUGUAAAUCAAGGUUGAAUUUUAAGAAAAGCCCUAAAGACCGGUUAACAAAGGCUUAUAUAGAAGGAAAGUUAGAGGCUAUUGAUCAAUUGUGGCUUGAAUUCUUAUGUGGUCAUAAGGAUUUAAUGAGAAAUUACGAACCUAAAAUUUUAAAUUCUUCAAAUUAUGUAACGUCUGAUAAAUAUAAUGAAACUGAGGAAAUUUAUUUGGAAUACAAAUGUGAAUUAAAGUCUAAGUUGGUAGAAUUUAAUAUGACACAAUGUGGAAGUGGAGCUGACAAUGUAAGCACAAGAGCUGCUCAGGUGAAAUUACCCAAAAUUAAUAUUCCUACCUUUUCAGGAGUUUACUCAGAAUGGGCCUCUUUUAAAGAUCUUUUCAAAUCAUUAAUAACUCAAAAUGUAUCCUUAGAUAAUGUACAAAAGUUACAUUAUUUGAAGGGACAUCUUGCGGGUGAAGCGGAGCAACUCUUGAGGCAUAUGCCAAUUCAAGAGUCUAAUUUUGAAAGGUGCUGGCAGUUACUAGAGGAAAGGUAUAACAAUAAAAAAUACAUCUGCCACCAUGUUUUGAAACGACUCUUUAGCCAAAAGAAUAUAUCAUUCGAGUCGGCGAAUGCAUUAAAAGAUUUAGUUAACACCACUAAUGAUUGCCUAGUUACUCUCAAAAAUCUGGGCAUAAAUGUAAAUAGCUGGGAUGUUUUAAUAAUUCAUAUCCUUACUUUGAAAUUGGACCCAGAGUCUCGACGUCAGUGGGAGUUUAGUGUAUCAUCAAAUAUUUCGUCAGACGAACUUCCCACUUAUACCCAAUUUAAAGAAUUUUUAACAAAUAGAUUUCGCGCUAUCGAGUUUUUGGGCCCGGUUUCAAAACCAGAAAACAAAUUUCAAAAUAAUUGUAAAGUAAAAACACUUCAUGUUGCAAGUUCUGUAACAUGUCCGUUCUGUUCGGAAGGUCAUAAAUUAAGUAAAUGUAAAAUGUUCCAUAAAGAAACUGUUGAAUCUCGUCGAAAAUUUGUUUAUGACAAUAAUGUUUGCUUCAAUUGUUUGGGAAGCAAUCACUCUGCCAAGGAGUGUCGGACACCUGUUAGGUGUAGUAUUUGCAAGCGGAUUCAUCAUUCGCUAUUGCAUCCUAAGGGUGCUAAUUCAUCUGAGGUAAACAAGACUGAGUGUGUUGUUAAUUCUUCAGAAGGUACCACAACCUCAUCUUCGAAUGCCUCUCCAUCAUCCUUUAUGGUGUCUUGUGUUGCAGCCGGUAAGAAACAACAACAAGUGCUACUUGCCACGGCUUUAGUCAAGGCUAUUUGUAGGAAUGGUAAUGAGUACAGCAUUCGGGCGCUCCUAGACCAGGGGUCGCAGGCUUCAUUUGUAACCGAAUCUACGGUACAAUAUUUGGGUUUAAAGAAAACUGUUUUCACCAGUCAGAUAGCAGGGCUGGGAGGAAAUAAGGCAAUAGUUUCUAAGACUAUGGUCACAAUGGAAAUAAAGUCUCGGUACAAACCAGAUUUUAAAAUUUUAAUAAAAGCACACGUGUUAAAGAAUAUAACCUCUCUCUUGUCAACUAGAAGAGUGGAAGCCAAAGAAUGGCAGGAACUUGAAGGUUUAAUGCUAGCUGAUCCGGAGUACUUUAAUUCAAAUCAUAUCGAUCUUCUCUUGGGUGCGGACGUAUAUGGAGCAAUUCUGCAGGAGGGUAUGAAGAAAAAUCCAGAAGGAACGCUGAUAGCACAAGCAACCAGUCUCGGCUGGAUUCUGUCCGGUACUGUAAGCUGCAACAUCAAGCCCUCAUCUCGUAUAAGCGUAAUGCAUUGCUGCGAAAGUGAGGAUUUAUUGAAGAAAUUUUGGGAACUUGAAUCAGAUGUUCCGAAACAAAAAUCCAGCAUGUUUACAGAGGAAGAAAGGCUUUGCGAAGAACUUUUCACUCAGACCACCAAAAGAGAUCCCAAUGGGCGGUAUAUAGUUCGGCUGCCUUUCAAAAAUGGAUAUCCCGAAGUCACAGGAUCUAGAGACAUAGCCGAAAAACGUCUUAAAUCGCUAGAAGUCAAGUUCAGCAAGGACCCGAUUCUGAAAACAAAAUAUCAGGAGGUAAUAAGUGAAUAUCUUAAGCUGGAUCACAUGGAAGAAGUACCACCAGAAGAUAUAAAUAAUCCUAAGGCUAUAUACUUACCACAUCACGCCGUUAUCAGAAAUGAUAAAGAAACUACGAAGGUCAGAAUUGUUUAUGAUGCCUCCUGCAAAGGCAAAAACAACCUAUCACUCAAUGAUCAGUUGUUGGUUGGACCUACCUUACAGCCAGAGUUGCGGCAUAUAAUCAUGCAGUGGAGGUGUUAA